GCUUUGUGGGCUCAGCUUGAGUCAACACGCCUCUGUGACCAAUCAGGGUAUCGAUAUGCUUUCGGUGAACACCUGCUUGCAAGUGUCAAAGAGUUUGCUCGGUGAAUGAAUUGAGAAGAAUAUAUAGGUAUAAGUGCACAUUACUCGUUUACACAUACAAUGACACGAAGCGAGUCUAUCAUUAAUAAGAUAAAACAUGUAGAGGACAGCUUAAAGAAUACUUUACAUCGAGUUGAAGUAAUUGAGAAGAAGCUAAAGACGAAAUUGCUCACUACUGAGAAUCGAGAGAGAUUGGAAAAUGAACUGGAAGAAGUUAAGGAGGUCCUCAGGAGGAACGAAGAAAAAUUGCAGAGUUUAAGAAAAGAGAACUGCAAGUCCUCUAUGACAGCGGCCUGCUUGGUCUUCCUGUGUUUUCUUUUCUAUGGCAUUUACUUAAUGAUUUCUGAAAACAUUUAAUACACAGAACUGUGUGUACUUAGGGGAGAAUUGUAUUUUAUUAAAAAUUGAUUUAUAUAUUUUAUAAUUCAUUGCAAGUAGGAAGCAGAGUCACUGUUGUUGAAUCAGAUCUUGCCAAUAUCAUAAUGCAUUAGUGAGCAUCAAGAAAGCAACAGAAAUAUAAUUCUAAGAUAAAAAUAUAUGUGUAAUACUUUAUUAUACGUACAAUACAUAUAAAGAUGUUAUUGUAAUGAACAUUCCAUAUUUCUUGAUCCUGUAUACUUUAUAGGUGGAAAUUAGUAUGUCUGAAAAAUGUCUUCCUCUUUUCUGUAUACAUAUAUAAUUAUAUAUUACAUGAAUCAUGGACCAAAAUAAACACACCGAAAUACAUGCAAUAUCUCUUUUGCCAAAGCCACUUUUUAUUUUCAUAUAUUAAUCAACAAUCAAAAUAAAUGCUCUGUCCUAUA